AUGCUUCACUCGUCCGAAGCUCACUGCGCAGACGAUGACUGGACUGGGCUUCGGGACAGGGCAGAGCGCCGCAAAAGACAGAACCGCCUAAACGUGCGGGCUCAUCGGAGGAAGAAGGCUUUGGAGACCAGUAAGAAACAACAAAGCCAGGUUUCAAUAGACGCGGGUGUUCCAUGGAAGGCAACACAGCAAUCAGGCACGGCUCGCAGCAUUCAAAUUCUUCAAUGGGUGGCCCCCGGGAAGCCAAUUAAAAAAGAUGAACAAGAAGGGAGAAAUUUGCCUAAAUCUUCCACACAAGAUGAGAUAAAUCAUUUUCGUAUACGUUCACCAGUCUCAAAGUCACGUUCCAAGACCGGGUUUCCCAGCAAACUCCCGUUUUAUUACGACGGGCCCCAAUACUGGUUUCCCCUCUGUCGAGACCAUCUUAUUCCGUUAGUCUACUAUAACGUAUUCCGCGCGACGAUCACAAACAUCCGCAUUCUCUCGUUAUACUCUCUUCUUGGCAACGACUGUACUCCCGACCUUGACACGACACCCCUCUUCCCGGCCCCGUCACAGAUCCCCUGCACUCUGCUUCCAACCGCUUUGCAGCGCUCAACAUAUCACGAAUCAUGGAUCGACAUAUUCCCUUCCGGUGCUAUGCGCGACAACGCCAUCCGCUACCGUGAAACGAUUGAUCACCACGAACUUUGUGCUGAUCUCGUUGGUUGCGAGGACGACUUCGACCGCCAGGAACAGCCAGGCAUUAUCGCUUGGUCUGACCCUUGGCAUCCUGAUGGUUGGGAGGUCACUGAGAGGUUCCUUGAAAAAUGGGGGUUUUUGUUGAAAGGCUGCGAGGACGUGAUGAGAGCGACGAACCGGUGGCGGGCCAUGAGAGACGAGGAACCGCUUGUGUGGGAGCUGGAAUAA